GGAGCGCGCAGCGCUGCGAUCGGUGGUGCGCUGUGUCCCUUGGACACAGCGGAUCACCGAUCACGGAAAGAGCCGAAGAUGUUGGCUCGGUCAUGGGACAUCUACACAGAUCAUCAGGGCACUGAUGAUCAGUGUGCCCUGAUGAUCAGUGUAGCCCCAGCAGUGCCACCUGUCAGUGUACAUCAGUGCCUUAUGUCAGUGCCUCGUGCCAGUGCCCAUCAGUGCCACAUCAUUGCCACAUAUCAGUGCACACCAGUGCACAUCAAUGCCACAUAUCAGUGCCCAUCUGAGCUGCCUUUCAGUGUCACCCAUCAGUGCCAGUCAGUGCCACCUAUCAAUGCCAAUCAAUGCCACCUAUCAGUGCUGCCAAUCAGUGCCACCUACCAGUGCCAGUCAGUGCCGCCUAUCAGUGCCAGUCAGUGCUGCCUAUCAGUGCGCAUCAGUGCCUCCUAUCAGUGC